CGCACCGCAGCAGAGCGCUGCGCGUUUCGGUGCGCAUCUUCAUUCCCGCGGCUUCAGGAGGAAAGGUGCGCACAGUUUCUCUCCCAUUCUCGGAAAUAGUUCCUCCGUUCGACUCGUAUCUGAUUUAAGCGACUUUUCCCGCUGCUAUGUUACCGCCGCGGAUGUUGUGCUUUGAAACAGCUUUUAGUGACAUGAAUUUCGGUGCGCUGAGGAGAAAAGGUGAAUUUAUCCAAGAAUGUUAGAGGCAUCUGAGACGGAGGGCUCACUCAUUAAUUACAAUCUCCGACGCCAAUGAAGAUUAUGGAUGUACUGACAGAAAAUCUGCAUGGCAUUAUUAAACUAGCAGCGGUUAACUGAUGGAGUUUAAAACCACAUGUCCUCUUUUUUAAAUUCUUAAAGUUCCCCAAUGAUGGACGGCAGGCAAUCAACAAGGACUUUCACAGCUGAUUGUGCAGCUUUUGCCAACACAUGAAAAGGAAGAAACAUGUUUUGUCUGUUGAAAUCUCGGAGUUUAUCAGACAGCAGCACGGCUAUGGGGAUCAGAAAAACCACCUCUAAAAUAUACUUCUAUUUUAUUUUGCUCCUGCUCAUUUUCACACCUAGAGUGGAUUCAUCGUGGUGGUACAUCGGAGCGCUGGGAGCUCGGGUGAUCUGCGACAACAUUCCCGGCCUGGUGAACAAGCAGCGGCAGCUGUGCCAGCGACACCCGGACCUGAUGCAGUCCAUCGGUGAGGGAGCCAAAGAGUGGAUAAAAGAGUGCCAGCACCAGUUCAGACACCACCGCUGGAACUGCAGCACGCUGGACCGGGACCACACUGUGUUUGGCAGGGUGAUGCUGCGAAGCAGCCGCGAGGCAGCAUUCGUGUAUGCCAUCUCUUCAGCAGGAGUGGUCUACGCCAUUACCAGGGCCUGCAGUCAGGGGGAGCUAAAGAUCUGCAACUGUGACAGCCAUAAACGAGGGCGAGCCAGCGAUGACAGAGGCAAUUUCGACUGGGGCGGAUGUAGCGACAACAUCAACUACGGCAUAAAAUUUGCCAAGGCCUUCGUAGAUGCUCGAGAGAGGAUGGUGAAAGAUGCUCGUGCACUGAUGAACCUUCACAACAACCGGUGCGGUCGUAUGGCAGUGAAGCGCUUUAUGAAGCUGGAGUGCAAGUGUCACGGGGUCAGUGGCUCCUGUUCUCUGAGAACCUGCUGGCUGGCCAUGUCCGACUUCAGGCGGACUGGAGACUACCUUCGGAAGAAGUACAACACAGCCACCGAGGUGACCAUGAACCAGGACGGGACCGGUUUCAUGGUGGCUGACAAGGACUUCAAGGGAAGCACCAAGAACGAGUUGGUGUAUGUCGAGAACUCGCCAGAUUACUGUCUCAUGGACCGCACAGCAGGCUCCUUGGGGACAGCAGGCAGAGUGUGCAACAAGUCCUCCAGAGGCACAGACGGCUGUGAGGUCAUGUGCUGUGGGCGGGGCUAUGACACUAUGCGUGUCAAGCGUGUCACCAAGUGCGAGUGCAAAUUCAAGUGGUGCUGCGCCGUGGAGUGCAAAGACUGCGAGGACGUGGUGGACGUUCACACCUGCAAGCCCCACAAGCGACCAGAUUGGCUGGACAUAACCUAAUGAGGAGACCUGACCAAUCAAAGUCACCACUGACUCAUUAACCUGUGCGCUAAUGACUGCAUUUUAUUAUGGGAUAAAUAAUAAUUGGGAUCUCUUUACUGUAUUACCCCCUGGCUCCUCCUUUGAAACUUCCUGAAGCAGAGACUUCACAGACCUUGAUGCUAAACUGGAAAUUAGGCCCAGUUACUGAUUGUGUGCUGCUUUAAUUAGUGUUUCUAAGAACAAUUUAUUGAGCUUUUUUAAUACAAACUUUGGAUCUUUGAUACAAAAUGGCUGAAUAUUAUAUUUUCUGUUAACGCACCCUUCGUUGAGGCAGCGAUAUUAAGUAAUGUCUGCUUGUUUUACAAUAUGUAAAGACUGUUUGAGCACAUGACAUACGUAGCUCAAGUUGAUGAUAAUAGUAAUAUUUAGCCUGGAGAGAGAGAAAGAAAGAAAAGAGGGAUCUGUUUUGAGAUAUUGUAAAAACACUGACACUGUAUCAUUUAAAAUGAUAUCCAGACAUUAUAUGGUACUGAAGUGAAUCAUUGAAAAUACAAAUGACAGUUGCUGCUAGUUAGUGCAACUCUAACAAACUAACAGAAAGUCAGAGGGAGCUUAUGAAAAAAAGUUCAUACUCGAAAAAGGACAGACAAUCACACUGUGAACCCAAAUGCACCGCAAACACAAGAACAAGCAAGGACUUUCAGUUCAAGUUGCGGCAUACUCGCUGCAGAGCUGAAUUUUGGCAGGUUCUUGGGAGAAAACGGACACAACAAUUAAGCUUCAUAUGGAUUUUCCAUACAGUUUGACCGUAAAGGGUCUAAGACAUUCUGUCUGAGUUGCCCUAUGGACAACUUUGUCAUUUCUACCUCUGUUUCCUCGUUUCAUUUUUUUCUGCAGUGCUACACCGAAAGCUUCAAGCUAUUGUCCUUAGCCGUUUUCAGACAGCCAAGAGCUCUGCGUGAAAAAAAGUGUUUUUUUUAAACCCUCAUUCUUUUCAAUUUGGCUACUGUGGCAAAAGUUGUUGAAAAUGUUGAAUCUGGCUGAAGUUUUUAAGCAAGGCACUGUGCAGGCCAAUCAAAUACAUUAAAGUGCGCAUUCAAUGUGAAUGCUGAAAUUCUACCGUUCACCUGAUGAUCGUCAUGAAAGAGGAUGAAAUGAUUUUUGACAUCAUGACUUUGAAAGUAGUCAUAUCCAGUGUCAAUAGUAUUGCACUGCUGUGCAGUGAUGUGUGAUACGCAUUCAAAAUCAUGGAUUUAUUAGUUAAAACUACUUAUAUCAUCUGUACCUUAAACAAAGGUAAAUGUGUUUUCCCUGGCUGCUGCUUAGUCUCGGUUUGCAAACAAGCUUUACUGAUCUGAAAAACCCCCAACAACAAUCUGUUCUGUUGUAAUGAAGGCUCGAGAUGUCAGUAAUUGAUGGUGGUACAUAACUAGCCUCACCUUCAUUUCUGCCAGCUUUAAUGUACAACAGCUCUGUGUCACUCACAGUUUACACUGCUGUUAAUGCAAUGCUACUUCCCUCAAACUAGAAGGCCUUAGAGUGUGAAGUGUCACGACAUUUAUAUGCUGCUAUAGUUUCAUAUAUCCUUAAUAAAACUGAACAGCAAGACUUGAACUGUAAGCUGAAGUUCGUAAUUAUGCAGGAAGAUAUUAAAACACAGUUUCUGUUAAUGAGAGCUUCAAUCUGUGUACGGUCCUAUCACCAUUUUCAUAUCAGUCGUUUACAAAUUGUUAUCAUGGACAUUCAUUCUCCAGUGCUUCUCUGUGGUGGGUUGCUUCUCAAGGUUGCAAUUACGGCUUUUCUCAUUGCUUGGUCUUCAUUGUGAAGCGCAGCACAGCAUGUUUCUUCGGUCAUCUUAUUGUGACAGAACACUUUUACAAUGCAAUCUUAUGCAACUGUGCUUUUAGCCCUUUGUGCACAUUUCCACUGGCUUUGUGAAAAGUGAAGUAUUUCAUGAGACUGGGCCAAGACGUUGCAGAAAGAGCAGUGAAGUAGCUGCGGACCCUGAUUCACUUUUCAACAUCUGGUAAUGCAGCCAGACAUUCAUGUUAGGCCAUUGGAGACACAUCCCUCAGAGGGGUUUAUAGAUCUAAAUGAAUGUGACAACAAGCAGUGGAUGCUGAGAGUCAGCAACAUUUUUCAAGUCCACGUAAUGACGAGGGGAGCCAAAGUAAAGUGCUUUGAACAAGGCCAAAUGACACACCAUGGCAAACGUUCACAAGUCAAAAGUUAAUUGCAGACAAAAGAGCAUGUUUUGAAUGUAAAUUAAGAGUGUGUUGGCUGUGUUUUUCUUAAAAGAUUAAAAAGGUGAUAGCUGUUGGGCCUGUGCUGCUCUGGCCCUCAAAAAUUCAUAAGUCCCCAAUUCUACUGACUGUUAUAAAGCACUGACAGUUUCAGUAACAUUUGUUGCCCAAAUCCACAUUGGAAACCACUGGGCCUGUACCGAUCUGUACUAUGGAUUUGGAUUGGCUGGAGGGUGAAUGUUGCACUUCCAUACGCUCAUUUGGGUCUAUUCAAAGCUCAAAUUGUUGGAUGUACCAUAUUUGUAUUUCAGACAAGAAUUUCUUUUUGUGUUACAGAUACCAUGAUUUUUUGUUCAAUUCAGACUGAUGCCACAUUUCUACAUCCAAGCCAAUCUAUUCCUCAGUCUGCAUUUUUGAGCGUCGUAGUUUGUAUUACUGUCUAGGGAGGUAUUUUCACCAUUGAAAUGCAGGUCUCAAAAUACCUCACUGGCUCUAUAUUAAACGUUGUUGAUCCACCCUCUGUCACUGCUAUUAGAGGUCUUCCGUUCUCUUCCCACUCAGUCUCCU